AUGGUCGCAGCGGCCCUCCCUCCUGAGGAAUGUCACACCGGGACCAUUCCCUCGCCAGUCGAACCAGUUCCAGCCUCAUGCUCAUCCUUCCCCCUCACAAACUCGCUCCCGCCUGUCCGAGCUAUCAGUGCAGACCAGCUCUUCCAGCUCCACCAGGAAUUCAUCUCGACGCCCCUACCUUCAAAAUCCAUGUUUCCAUGGCUACAUGGCGUCGAUGGCACAAGCGGCGCCCAAAACUACUUUUUCGGUAUCGAACACCAUCAUUAUACCGGAGCGCUGUUUGAUGAAAACGGGGUCGCCACUCGUCCAACAGCGACCAAACUUCCCAUCCCAGAGCACCGCGGAUUGAUGUUUGUUCAUGCGAGUGAGCAUGACCUGGGUCGCCUCGUAGGGUCCGUGAGCCCAUCCGAGAUCCUUCAGCUUGCCCCGCGACCGUCUGGCUUCCAAGGCUCAGUUGGUAGUGGCAGCAGCAGCAACAAUGGUAAUGGCAGUAACAGCAAUUUUUAUCACAAUUCUGUUCCGCAGGAUAUCAACAACCAUCCACAAGUCCACCACCAAUACUCGACGGUACCCGCAGCUCAACAGCAACAGCAACAGCAAAAGCAAGAUCAACAGCCGAGCCUUGAUUCUAGUCAGGAGGAAGUGGGACGCGAUUCUGAUUGGGCCGACAUUACAGACGACUCAACCAACUCCUCGUUCUCGUCCUCGUCGCUCUCCUCAACCACAUUGCCCUCCUUCACCAACACAACGAACGCGACAACGUCCAUUUUCAAAGGGGGUGACGCGCAAGCAGCCUCGACUAUCUAUUCGAGUUCGUUUCUGCAAUCGCUCAGCGAGGGAAUCAACAUCCGAAACUUCAAGAUUCAGGUGCCUCGAUACGCACUUUUGUCUGACUUGAUCAUCUACGCUAAAGAGGGCGAACAGGACCCGGCUCUCCUGCAACUUGCGAAGCAAAUUUCGACUGCACAGGAUGAAGUCUGGAAAAGCAUGAAGGAACAGUACCCUGAAAUGACCGAAGAGUCCAGACGCCAAACGCUUAUUUUGACAGAUACGUUUGCGGCCUUCGAGACCAAAUACCCAGAGCUGGUCGGUGUCACAAGUGGAGGCAAGGCAAGCAGGCACAAGGUCGACUUUUGGGAGCAGGAGCGGGAGCAGAUGGCAUUGCUGACACGAGCCUCCGAGAUUGCACCUGGUAUCUGGCUUGGAAAUAACACCGAUGUCCCGUCCGCCAACUCGGACUCGUCCUCACUGGCGACGCCUGUCUCUCCAGGGACAUCCUUCUCCUCAUACUUCUUCCCCUCGAUCCCCCGCACACUCUCCAAGGACUCAUCGGCCAUACCAUCUACUCCACCACCAGAGGAGAGCGAAUACCCGCCUCUGACCCCUCCGUCCUUUACCAACCACGCCAAUCUCCAGCCCUCCAUCUGUGUCGAGUGUCGCUCCAAUGCCAACGCACCCACAACCAUGACCCUGGACAGGAUCAAGCACAACGUGGCCUGUUCCCUCGCACCCUUGUCUUCUAAGGAGAUAUUCCAUCUGGAGUGCUUGGGCACAUUGGCUGCAGGAAUCAGCCCAGACGCAUUCCCGCCCUCGGCUUCCUCUCUCUCCAGCUUCGCACGACAGGACAGUGUGGAUGUGCCGUCGAAUCAUGCGAUGCGAAGGGCCACCGCUGCGGGACUUGUUAGGGGCCAACUGAUGACCAACUCGAUGCUGAAGGUCCAGACUUCAAAUCUGAUCAACAUGGCGUUCUUCAUCCACUCGGUCACCAACCCCGAAUCCUCGCCUUCAACCACCUGUUCCAGCGCCAACGCCGCAAUCGGUAGCGUGAGACCCCAGCAGCACCAUCAGGUUUUGAUUCAUUGCGUUGACGGCUAUACGGAAUCGGCACUUUUGGCGCUGUCUGUUGUUAUGAUCUACUAUCGAAUCUCGCUGGCCGAGGCCUAUGUCAAGCUGCAGACGGAUCUUGGACGCAGUUUCUUUGUAUACCCCAACGAUGCCAUCAUGAUGCUCGAGGUCGAGAACCAGAUCUGGCAGCGUAUUCUCUUGGAAAAGACAGAUCAGGAGGCGGCAGCAAGAUGGAAAGGUAUGGCGUCAAACGCAGCUUCAGCCUUGGCCUCAGCCGUACCAUCAUCAGAGUCCAUUGCACGGCGAACAGAACCAGGAUCCACGUCUCCAUCCUCUGGAUUGUCAUCACUAUCUUCAUCUGUAUCGUCAUCAUCGUCCUCCUUUUUCUCGUCUUUGCUGAACAUGUCAAAUACAUCAUCCCCGCAACAGCAGGAGCAGCAGCAGCAGCAGCAGAGCUCUUCUAUUGUGAUGGAAGGCAUUGAACCCAUGCCCGAUCGCGAUCAGGAACUGGCUAUUCAGCGACCGUUUGCGAAGCCGGGACACGAGGAGCGCUUUGGGUGGUUCUAUCAUCCCGAAUUUGAAGGCUCGUUCCCCUCCAGGAUCUUGCCAUUUUUAUAUCUCGGCAACUUGGCGCAUGCAUCCAACCCUGGAUUGCUGAAGAGUCUGGGGAUCCAAUAUGUGCUCAGCGUUGGUGAAGAAGCGUAUGGACUGGAUGGGGAUCUGAGGGACGUGUCUUCCAUGCAAGGAGUAAGCCACUUCGCGACUGAAGGAUUGGAAGGAGGAGAAAGCGAUGGCGGGCAGGAGAGCACAGGAUCGUGCGCAAAGCAGACAGCUUCACGAUUCAUGGUUAAGCUGGUGGACGACAUGUUUGACAACGGCGUUGAUUCGCUAUGGAGACAUCUCGAGAACUGUGUCGACUUUGUUGAUGAGGCAAGGAGAACCAAUGCCCGAGUUCUGAUCCACUGCCGUGUGGGUGUUUCUCGUUCAGCAACAAUUGUCAUUGCCUAUCUGAUGGCGCACUACAACCUUUCGCUCGUGGAUGCGUAUUUGCUGGUGCGGGCACGUCGCCUCAGCGUAAUCAUUCAGCCGAACCUGCUUUUCAUGUACGAAUUAUUGCAAUGGGAGCAAAGGCUGCGAGGGAGAUUUGAUCCUAUGGGCUGGCCCGGAAUCGCGAAGGAGGUCCAUAGUCUGAACAUGUACUAUAUUGGGAACUGA